AUGUUCUCCACUUCCAGGCGACACGAGAGCUCAACCAAGAGCUUCUCAAAAGGUCACAAGGCCAGCAAAUCCAGCGCUUCAUUCAGCAAAGAUAGUGGCAUUUCUAAGCGAAAACAUGAGUCUCGUCAUCAACGCCGACCAACCAUGACUUCCAUGACCAGCAACAGCGGCGAUACCACGAUGGGAGACAACAUGGCUUCACCUAUCGUCACUCUUGUCGUCGGUAGCGAACAACGUCUCUUUGCCGCCCACGAAGACGUUCUCUCCAACAGUCCUUUCUUCAACCACGCUCUACGAAAUGGAUACAUGGACGCUGCCAGCAAACGUAUUUCUCUACCCGACGAAGAGCCCGAGAUCUUUAGCUCUGUUCUUGAGUUCUUGUAUAAGGGUGACUACACUCCUCGUCUCGUUCACAACAAGCGUCGAAACUCUUAUGAACUCGAGGCGGCAAGUGAAGAACAGCGUGCUGCUGUUGAGAGCACUGUGUACCAUCGUGGUAUCGACGGUGAUCUUCUCAAGGACACUGUCAUCUACUGUGCAGCGGAAAAAUAUGGCCUCGAUGAGCUCAAGAAGCUAUCACUGCGAAAGCAGGGGCUUCAAUCUGGAAUCCAGUGUAGCACUAUCCUGGCCUCAGCCAGAUACGCCUACGCCAACACUCCUGACACAGACUCGAAGCUCCGGGCUCACUAUCUCGCUCUCAUUAUUCGCUCACGCAGCACCUUCAAGAGAAGUGGAACUAUGCAACUAGAGAUGUAUAACGGCGGCACUCAACUCUUCUUUGAUCUUUUUGUCGCUCUCUGCAACCACGUCGACGACAUCUCGACUGCACAAAACACUCCUCGCUCAAACCGCCACUUCUCCUAA